GGAGCACGUUUAUUGAGACCGACUAGUCACCGACUAGUCGAGUAAAAUUUCUUAUAAAGUUCUAUUUUAAUAAUAUUUUAUAAUUAUUAAAUUAAUUAUUAAAUUUUAAUAAUAUUUAAUUAUCGAGUGUGAAAAAUUACCGAGAAGAACGAUGACGUCUGACGUCUCGAAAUCGAAUCUGGUGCGAUGCAAUAUGAUGCAAGAGUGGAUUCAAACUCUUCAGAUUCUUUGUAACGUCAUAUUAAGCUUAAUAGGGAAGGGCGGAAUACUUGUGAGCAUCCUGGCCGCAAUCGGUUUUUACAAUGAGCUGAAGCUGUUGGAUCAUUAUCAGAACGUAAUCGUCAAUGUUUUCUUAGCCUACUCGGUUGUACUGACUGCGAUCGGUUGGUUUGGUAUUUUUACGGGUUUGCGAAAUUACGACAGAUUACUGUACACGAAUGCAGUAUUGUUAGGCGCAUUUCUAGUAACUUCUACAGUUUAUGUUGCUACGACAGGCAUAAUAACGGAUUAUACGAAAACUGGCCAUUUAUAUAAAGAUAUGAGAAGUGAUAUGAAAAAUUAUAAUAAGCAUGAUACGAUGGAUAUUAUUGAUACUCUACAAACUACUCUUCUGUGUUGCGGCCUCGAUGACAUCACCACGUGGAACACUAGCAACUUUCCCAAGUCCUGUUGCCGAAAAGCUCAAAGCAAGACAGAAUGCAUUUUAGGUUCACCAUAUUUGCAAACUAAUGGAUGUUUUGAAGAGUUCCUUCGUAUAGGACGUUAUUAUGCUUGGAUUCUCUUUACCGUCGUAGCGGCCUGUGGUCUUUUCGAGAUUCUUGCAAUUAUCCUGUCACAUGUGAGAUACCAAGUUAUUAAAGACAGAAUAAAAAAAAAUCAUGCCACACAAAAUGCACAAAAUUUAACAAGAUGCAGAAAAAUUCCGAGAGCUGUGACAUCCACGAUGCAAAACAAGAGGAACGAAGAGGACGAAGGGAAAAAGGAAGACAAUAAAGAGGAAACUAAAGAGAAAACCAAAAAUGUCGCAGAGAAAAGUGGAGAAGCGCAAACACCAGAGAAAAAAGACAACGAAGAAGUAACGAAAAAGAGAAAUCUAUAUAUCUCCAAGGAAGUUAUAGACGAGUUAAUAUCAAAACGCUUCAAGAAUUAAUUUCUUAAUUUUUAUUUAUGAAGGUUACUUGCCUCUUCUUUUGAGAUCUUUCUCGCAAUUAUCGCAGCGUAAUGGAAUACCAGAUAUCUCCAACAUUCUGAUAUUUAUUAUGUUUAAAAUCCGUUAAUUAAGUAAAUUUUUUAUUUAUAGAAUGUCCUGACGAUAUACUUUCACUGAUAUCUCCAACGUUAUAGGUAAUUUUGCAAGACUCGUGACUUCGUGAGUUUAAUAAAUUUCUGCAGUUAGUAAUGUUUCUGUGUAAAUAGAGUGAUUCACAUAUUUUAAACAUCACGAUAUACGAGUACAUCAAAUAAUUUAAAUUUAUUUGAAGAUUAUCGCCUUAUUGGAAAAUAUAAAAUAAUGUUACAUACAUGUUUAUUAGACAAAUUAUGUGUGAGUUCUAAAUUAAAGUAUCGAAUUAAAAUAUCGAGAGCUAUUUUCUAAAAAUGAAAUGUUAAUUAAUGUAAAAACAUAUAAUCUACAUUUGCAUUCAGCACACAUUUAUACAAUCACGCAAACAAAUUGAUCCUUCGAUUAGAUGAAGUAUUAGCAUAAAAUGUAUACGUCAAUAUAUAUAUAUUAUAAUCAUAAAUGUCGACAGUACACCAAUAUUCAUGAUUAUUCUGCAUUAUUUUAUAUUAUUUGUUGUGUGAUAUAGGAUAUAGUAUAAUUAUAAACUAGCUCUCAGCACUUUUCAUCUAACAUCAAUUUACAUCAUUUCAAUACAAAUCAGGAAAAAUGGAGGUAAUGUUCGUUUAUUUUAGAGGUAAAUUUCUAGAUUUCUUCGGAGUGGACACUUAUCAUUAUCUACGUAUAUAAAAGCAGAAGCACGAUGUAGAGAUAUAUUAUAAAAUAUAUGUAUUGCAAAUAUAUUGGACAUUAAUCGAA